UGCGACAAAGACCCACUAAACUUUCAGAUUGUGACAACACCCCUCUCGAAAGAACACUUUUCAUCGCCAAGAUUCACUUUUCAUCUUCUUCCCAAACACCGAACUCUCCGAUCCCCGAACUAGAGCAGCGGCAGGGAGUUUCUUCGUCUCCCAUUUCUCUCUCUUCAUCCUCUCUUCGCCUAUCGCCAUUUUGUUUGGAGUUAUGUUUUUUAAGGGUUUCAUUCGGUAACCUUACCUAUUUUUUUUUUUUUGGUUUCGUUUAAUACUUUCCUUGACAAGCUCUUUGAUACUUCUCCGAAAGUUAGCAACAAUGACUUUGCCCAUACAUGAAAAGGAUGGAGAUAAUCUCUCUGUUGAUAAAUACAACGUCGAAGCUUCGGAAAUUCUAGCGAAUGAAGCACAGCAUCUUCCGAUUUCUGAGGCAACGCCGAUAUACGAGCAGCUUCUUUUGACAUUUCCUACUGCUGCAAAAUACUGGAAACAGUAUGUAGAAGCACAGAUGGCUGUGAAUAAUGAUGAUGCAACUAAACAAAUAUUCAGUCGAUGUUUAUUGAACUGCCUUCAGAUAUCUCUUUGGCGGUGCUACAUACGUUUCAUCAGGAAAGUCAAUGAGAAAAAGGGAGCAGAGGGUCUGGAGGAGACUAGGAAGGCUUUUGAUUUUAUGUUGAACUAUGUUGGAACCGACAUUGCAUCUGGCCCUCUAUGGAUGGAAUACAUUGCAUUUUUGAAGUCCUUACCGGCUUCAACUGCCCAGGAAGAGUCACAGAGGAUGACUUCAGUGCGGAAGGCUUACCAAAAAGCUAUAGUAACUCCUACACAUCAUGUAGAACAACUUUGGAAGGAUUAUGAAAACUUUGAAAACUCUGUUAGCCGAGCAUUGGCGAAGGGAUUGUUGUCUGAAUAUCAGCCAAAGUAUAACAGUGCAAGGGCUGUCUAUAGAGAGCGAAAGAAGUACAUUGAUGAAAUUGAUUGGAAUAUGCUUGCUGUACCCCCAACUGGUUCAUACAAGGAAGAACAACAAUGCAUGGCCUGGAAAAGGUUAUUAGCCUUUGAAAAAGGGAAUCCUCAAAGGAUAGACAGUGCAUCCUCUAAUAGAAGAAUUGCCUUUACAUAUGAGCAGUGUCUGAUGUAUUUAUAUCAUUACCCUGAUAUAUGGUAUGACUAUGCUACGUGGCAUGCAAAGACUGGUUCAAUAGAUUCUGCAAUUAAGGUAUUUCAGCGAGCUUUGAAGGCUUUACCUGAUUCUGAAGUUCUGAGGUAUGCAUAUGCAGAACUAGAGGAAUCCCGUGGAGCUAUUCAGCCUGCAAAGAAGAUAUAUGAGAGCAGUUUGGCUAAUGCUGUCAAUGCAAAUGCACUGGCACACAUACAAUUUAUCCGUUUCCUAAGAAGAACUGAAGGAGUUGAAGCUGCUCGCAAGUACUUCUUAGAUGCCCGCAAAUCCCCGAACUGUACAUAUCAUGUCUAUGUUGCAUACGCUAUGAUGACAUUUUGUCUUGAUAAAGACCCAAAGGUUGCACACAAUGUUUUUGAGGCAGGACUGAAGAGAUUUAUGCACGAACCUGGAUACAUUCUUGAGUAUGCAGAUUUUUUAUGUCGCUUAAAUGAUGAUAGAAAUAUUAGAGCCUUAUUUGAGCGGGCAUUGAGCUCACUUCCUCCAGAGGAAUCAGUGGAGGUUUGGAAAAGGUUUACCCAAUUUGAGCAAACAUAUGGUGAUUUGACUAGCAUGUUGAAGGUUGAGCAAAGAAGGAAGGAAGCUCUGUCUAAGUCAGGUGAAGAAGGAUCAUCAACACUAGAAGGCUCAUUGCAAGAUGUUGUCUCAAGAUACAGUUUCAUGGAUCUCUGGCCUUGCUCAUCCAAGGAUUUGGACCAUUUGGCACGACAAGAUUGGCUUGCAAAAAACAUUAACAAGAAAAUGGAUAAGUCAACAUUUCUCAAUGGAGCUAGUUCUUCUAUAGGUGCAGAUAAGAGUUCAGUUGGACUAGCUACCAAUCUAAAGAUAUCUGCAUCAUCUGCAAAAGUUGUUUACCCAGAUACCACUCAGAUGGUGAUUUAUGAUCCAAUGCAAAAAUCUGGUGCUGGAUUGCUUCCAAAUAUUACUGCACCUGGGCUCCCAUCUCUUUCUAGCUUAACUUUGGCUCCGGCUAUGGCUUUAGUUGGCAGUGGAACAAAGGCACUUGAUGAAAAUCUGAAAGCAAUUCCACCAGCAUUGGUAGCAUUUAUAGCACAUUUGCCUGCUGUUGAGGGACCAUCACCAGAUGUCGACAUGGUGUUAUCAAUUUUGCUACAGAAUAACAUAUCAACUGGUCAAACUGGGAAGUCAGCAACUUCCACACAAUUAUUGCUAACUGGCCCUGCACCAAGCACAAGUGACCGUUCUGGAUCAAACAAAUCUCGUCCCAAUCCAAGUGGUUUAUUGUUGAAACCAAACAGAGAUGGGCAGUCUCUCAAAAGAAAAGAUCAUGACAGGCAAGAAGAUGAUGAGACCACUGUUCAAAGCCGACCACUUCCUAGGGAUGUUUUCAGGAUCCGACAGAUACAAAAGGUCCGAGGAGUCUCCACUUCUCAGACUGAAUCAGCAUCCUAUGGAAGUGCAUUUUCGGGAGAGCAAUCUGCCAGUACUGAAUGAUGUCUUACGUAUAUUUUUCAGUGUAUAAAGAUUUCUUUAUGCCAAUCACUUUACAUCAAUGUUUUAUUAGUACGUUUGCA